AUGUCUCUACACACAGGCAGCCAAGGCUGGUUCGAACACCCCCGUACGCCACCAUCACCCUCAUCCCAAUACUCCAGCCGCGUCGUCUCGACCUCCCCGAGCGUCACCGCCACCACCCCGGCACCCGCCUCCCGCGAAGAAGACGCGGGGGCAACCCAUCAUCCCCACCCACCCCUCGACGACGACGACGACGACGGCCCCCACCUACCACCCGCCACCAUCGACCCCAUCCUCGACACCCUCCUCGCCCGCCUGCACGCAGCCCACCUCCGCCGGCAGGCAACCAAGCACGCCCUCCACGAGGCAGAGCAGGCGGCCGAGGAGGCGACCUGGCGCCUCCUCCUCCUGGACCACCGCCACCGCCACCACCCGCCGGGCCGGGCGAGGGGCCGGCUCGAGUACCGGCUGGCGCUGGCGCGGGCGGGGCGCGACGGCGCGACGGCAAGGCGGAGGAGGGAGCUCGGCGCGAAGCUGGGGGCCGCGACGGCGGAGGUGGAGGAUGACCUGGGGGUCCUUUGGAGGGUGCUACGGGAGAGGGCGCGGCGGAUGAAGGGGGAAGAACGGGGAGGCGGCAGCGGCGGUAGCGGGCGGUGGGAUGGCGAUGCGGAUGUGGAUGCAGACGCAGAUGCGGGUGGGGGAGGGGGAGGGUCAGUCGUGGAGCAGGUCCGCCGGCUGCUGGGGCGGGCGUCGGCCGGCGAGCUCGAGGAGGCCCGCGCGCUGCUGGACCGCCAGCUCCUGGGCCCCGCGGCGCUGUCGGUCCGGUCUCCGGCGGCGGGCGUGCUGACGCCGCCUCCGCGGUCGCACUCUGCCGUGCCUUGGGCGAGCGGCGGGGCGGGGCAGGGAGACUGGUCGGGGUCGUCGCCAGUUGCGCAGACGUGGAUAUGA